AUGCACCCUCAAAAGCAACAUGUGGAGGUGAUCGUGGUGGGGGCAGGACUGGGUGGUCUGGCAGCGGCCAAAACGUAUCUCGAGCUGGCACCGCAAACGGAUUUGCUAAUUAUUGAAGGGCGUUCGGCUGUAGGUGGCGUAUGGGCGGAGAACAGUUAUGACGGUCUCCAGACCAACAAUCUUUAUGGAACGUAUGAGUUUUCGGAUUUUCCGCUGGACCAGAACAAGUACGAUGUCCGACCAGAAGCCCACAUCCCUGGGUAUGUCCUGAAGCAGUACUUUGGCGAUUUCGCAGAGCAUUUCGACCUUCAGCGCCGGAUUCGCUUCAACACCCGUGUUCACAAGGUCGAGAAAGUCGACGGGUGUUGGAAGGUUCAGGCGCAAACGAUCGGCGAUGCGGAGACGCUGUACACGUGUACCAAGCUUAUCAUGUGCACCGGCCUUUCCUCGACACCGAAUGACAUAUCCAUCCCAGGACAAGAAAGCUUUGGAAGACCCAUGAUGAAUCAGACUCGGCUCGGAAAAGAGGGUGUUUCACUGGCAUGUGAUCCCACGGUCAAGUCCGUGACCGUGAUUGGCGCAUCAAAGUAUGGAUACGACGCUGUGUAUAUGAUGGCCUCGCACGGCAAGCAAGUGGACUGGAUCAAUCGCAAGUCAGGCGGGGGUGCUGUGUGGAUGGCUUUGCCUUGGGUUUGGUUUGGACGUUGGCGGGUCAAGCUGGAGGGCCUAACCACCACGCGGUUUGUUAGCUGGUUCAGUCCAUGCAUCUGGGGGGAGUAUGACGGCUUUGGAUGGGUGAGAGGAUUGCUCCAUGGCACCGCCCUGGGAAGGUGGCUAGUGCGUUCAUUCUGGCACAAGAUGAGUGGGGAUGUUGUCGAGGUUAAUGGCUACCGGAAGGCAGAUGCACUGAAGCAUCUGGAGCCAGAUGAAGGGUUAUUCUGGACAGGUCGCUUUGGGAUUCUCAGCUAUCCCAAGCAUAUCUAUGAUUUCGUCCGGUCAGGGCAAGUGACAGUAAGCAGGAAGGAUAUAUCGCACUUGUCAGAAGGCAACGUCCAUUUUACCGAUGGGACAUCCCUGCAAACCGACGCCCUUGUCGCCAUCACCGGCUGGGAUUUAGCCCCGACCAUCACAUACGAGCCCAAGGGCCUAGAUAUUAGCCUCGGGGUUCCAACCCGCGAUCUAUGCGACGAACAAAUUUUCUGGGACCGGUUUGAUCGGGCCGCCGAUGAAGAGAUACUGGCUCAAUUUCCCGCUCUGCGUCACCAGCCGGCCGCGAAGAUCCCAUAUAAACCAGGAGUGAGCUCCUUCAGGUUCUACCGUGGCAUUGCACCCCCAAAAUUGACCGCCGAAGGCGAUCACUCCAUCGCAUUCAUGAAGAUGAUCAAUGGCCCAAGCAACGCCCUUUUGGCCGAGGCACAGGCUCUGUGGACAUAUGCGUACCUCAAUGACAAGUUUCCAAUUGACCGGUCGAAUGUGUAUCAUCAGACGGCUCGGACCAGUCGAUUCGGGAAACAUCGGUAUCCUUGUGGCUUCGGGUCCUGGUAUCCUGAGACGGUCUUUGAUGCGAUGCCAUAUGUGGAUAUGCUUUUGAUGGAUCUGGGGAUCAACCGAUGGCGAAAGACAAGUGGGAUUCGGGAGGUGUUUGAGGAGUAUACCAUCCACGAUUACCGCGGCAUUAAUCGAGAGUGGAGAGAUGCACAGCAGCGGCAGAAAGCAGCCCUGCCUUAG